AUGGAGAUGCAGAAAUCGAGCAAGAAGAGAAACUUCUCAGACGCCGAAAUCGAGACCAUAACGUCGGAAGUCCAGAGAAACAAAUUAGUUCUGUCUGGAAGCCUAAAAAGUGGCUUCAAAGGAAGUCAGAAGGCAGCAGUGUGGAAAGAAAUCACUGCUGCAGUCAACAGCGUUGGCGUUGACAAGGGAACUCCAGCUGAGGUCAAGAAAAACUGGUCAGAUCUGAAAAUCGCCACCAAAAGACGUGUUGCUGCCCUUAAGCGCAGCAGCACCCAGACUGGAGGAGGCCAGCCGGACCCCAGCCUGGCACUGACCCAGACUGCGGAGCGAGUGGCAGCGCUUAUUUGGUCUCCUUCGAAUUCAGGCAUAAGUGGCGGAGGAGACACCGAUGCGCCACCUGUGGCUAAGCCAGAUAAUGACGAAGAGCCAGGUACCAGUGCUGGGCCCUCAGCUGCACAAAGCGGCCUGGAGCCAGCUGCACAGAGCCAGACCACCAGCUAUGAGAGAGCGCCCGUGUCCUCCGCCCCCCACGCUGGUCCACCACCAUGA